AUGACCAUGAUCAAAACUGCCCACUUGUCGGAGGAGAUGCAACAGGCCUCGAUAGAGCGCGCUAUGCAGGUGCUGGAGAAACAUAGCAUCGACAAAGAUAUCGUGGCCCACAUCAAGAAGGAGUUUGACAAGAAGUACAACCCCACUUGGCACUGCAUCGUGUGGACACAUGAAACUAAGCACUUCAUCUACUUCUACCUGCGCCAAGUGGCCAUUCUUCUGUUCAAAUCUGGUUAA